CAGCGCUGCUGCCCUGCCUUUCCCUGCCCGCCGCUGGCCCUUCCCUCGCCCCUCCCCGCUCCGGUGCGCGACUCAGCCGCCGCUCCGGGCAGGGAGGAAGGGCUGGGAGCCGCCUCCCGCUGCCCCCGGCCGCCCCCUCCCCAUGCAGCCCAGCCCGCCGCUGGGAGCCCUCCCCGGGGGGAUGUUUCUGCGGCCGCUGCCGGGAUAACCGGCGCGCCGCCCGCCCCCGCCCGGACGGAGGAUGCUGGCCGCGCCGUGGCGGGUUCCGACUCGGGCAGCAGCGGCCGCGUCCGCCUCCUCGGCUCCGGGCAGCGCCGCCGGGGAGAGAUGAGUUCGCGGCACCAGGCGGACUGGAUCCCUUACAGUGUUCUGGAUGAUGAGGGGAGCAGCCUGCGUCAGCAGAAGCUUGACAGACAGAGAGCACUGCUGGAACAGAAGCAGAAAAAGAAGCGCCAGGAGCCACUGAUGGUUCAGUCCAAUGUGGACAGUCGGGCAAGGACGCGCAGGACGAAACAUUCGGAGGAGCAGGCCCCGCUGGUUGAAUCCUAUCUCAACAGCAAUAGCAGCACCAUAUAUCAUGUGCAGGAGGCUGAACAGGAAGAUAUAAAGGUGGUAGUGGACGCCCAAGCUCCGAAACCAACUAAAAAAACCAAGGCAGCAGCUUCAAGCUGUCAGAGUAGCAGCACAAGAAAGGAGAAAAAAGGGAAACACAAAGGGAUUGAUGGCCCAGCUGCUUUUCAAGAUGAUGUUCAGAAGAUAGGAAGUCAAGUGCAGAUUCUCACAGUUGGACAGUCUAGCCAUGAUGAAGAUGAUGGUGAGAAAGUGGCUACUGGCCAACAACAGCAAAGCAAGCAAGAUCUUAGAACAGCAAUGCAGAAGAAAGAUCCCCAUGCAAAUACAUCCUGGUCCUCUUCCACCUCCCAGUCCAGUCUUGUCGCCCUGGAUCACGUUCCUGGCAUUUCAAGUAGCAUGAAUUUUGAUGAGGAAGAAGAUGAGGAGGAUGAAGACAGCUCCAGUUCUUCACAGUUAAACAGUAACACCCGGCCUGGUUCUGCCACGAGCAAGAAAUCCAAUAAGGAAGCAGCCUCAGCCCCCAGUCCUUCCACAAAUGAACCUGUCAUAGAUGUGGAUGACCUGGAGGAGUUUGCUGUCAGACCUGCCCCACAGGGGGUCACCAUCAAGUGCAGGAUCACAAGAGACAAGAAGGGAAUGGACCGAGGGAUGUACCCUACUUAUUACCUCCACUUGGAAAGGGAGCAUGGUAAAAAGGUGUUUCUGUUGGCUGGAAGGAAACGAAAGAAGAGUAAAACCUCUAAUUACCUCAUCUCUAUAGACCCAACUGACCUGUCUCGGGGUGGAGAGAGUUUUAUUGGAAAACUGAGAUCAAAUCUUAUGGGAACUAAGUUUACAGUUUAUGACAAUGGAGUAAAUCCAAUGAAAACAACAUCCAGCCUGGAGGCGAGUACCCUGCGUCAGGAGCUAGCUGCUAUUUGUUACGAAACAAAUGUCCUGGGGUUUAAAGGACCUCGUAAAAUGAGCGUGAUCAUACCAGGAAUGAAUAUGGAUCAUGAAAGAGUUUCCAUCAGACCACGAAAUGAACAUGAGACGCUUCUUGCAAGGUGGCAGAACAAAAAUACAGAGAGCGUCAUUGAGCUGCACAACAAAACCCCAGUCUGGAAUGAUGACACCCAGUCCUACGUUCUGAAUUUCCAUGGUCGAGUCACCCAGGCCUCAGUGAAGAACUUCCAAAUUAUCCAUGAUAAUGAUCCUGACUACAUCGUGAUGCAGUUUGGCCGCGUGGCUGAGGAUGUAUUCACCAUGGACUACAACUACCCAAUGUGUGCACUACAAGCCUUUUCCAUUGCCCUUUCCAGUUUUGACAGCAAGCUGGCUUGUGAGUAAAGGGGCGUGGGUGUAGCAGGAGGGCAUUUCUGCUCUGUGGGAGUAGUUCUUCCCUUGGAAGCCAGCUGAUGAGGACAAGAACAUGGCCCUUCUAUCAGUUACAGCAAUAGUAAUAGAUAAGCCCCAGAGACAAUGGAAAAAAAAUACAGAAAACUGAAAUAGGCCAGAAGACAGCCACGGAAAAGCACACCCACCAGCAAAACCAUGAAACAUGCCUGGAAGAUUUUGUCAGCUGAAAACUCCUAUCAGACUCUUGGAAUAAAAAACAACAUGUGACAUAUAGAAUACAUAUAAAGCGUAGCCACAUACAGCAGGGAAAAGAAUACUACGUGUAUAUUCAAAACUAAUCUAACAUUACUCUAGAUGUGCACAUGUUCCAGGAGGAAAAAAAAAUUCUUAAGAAAUUUUAAGAAGCCAGAGGCCAAUGCAGGAUCAGAGAAAUCAUUCCCUGCAUUCUUAGCUACAGUCUUUGCAAAACCCACAGGAUAGUCCAGUCUUUUGACCACCAGGCAAAGGUCCGGCAUAAGCAUUUUUUUGAGCACAGCUGAAAUGGAACAAUGUACUGAAAUGAGAGUAUAAUUUUUUUUUCCCAAGUUUUUUA